UGUGUCAAUCCCAGGCUACACACUAAAGUCCUGCUCGUAUCUCUGGACCUGUCAAAACACCCACUGUGCGCGUACCGCCGAGGCAGCAGCGAUGCAUCCUACUACAGAUUAUAUACAGUAGAUGGUGUUUUAAAAGGAUCAGCAUGAGCAGCAUGAAAGGUUACUGAUUUUCUUCUGUCAGCACAAACUGAACUCUGAAGGUACAUCAGCUGUUCAGCUGCUGUCUGAAACAGAAGAUUAAUCUGAUCAACAUCUCCUGGUGUAGUUCUCCUUUGGUCAAACCAUCUGCCAGAAAUCAACAUUAUACCGAGUUUGGGACAUUCCCCACCUACAUAUUAAACGAACAUUGCGCUGUUGCCGUGGUGACACUCUAGAGGGACCUUGAUCGACAGGCCUCCCUCCAGAGGAACUCUGAGGGGCCGCCAUCAAAAGGAGCAUGUGCUAGAAGUUGUACAUCUGUCCUGAACGACUGGUCGGCUUUGACUCUAGAAGAUGAGCAAUGAGGAUGAGUUCUACGACGCCGUCACAGGCCUGGAUUCGGACGAGUCAUAUGAGGGAGUGUCAGAGGCCAGUUUCAAAGAUGCACUGGUGUUUGACGGCAGCAGUCAAAAAAACAACGGAUCAGUGCCACAGGAGAAUGGCAUCAAGAAACACAGGACGUCCCUACCUGCGCCCAUGUUCUCCAGAAACAAUGUCAGUAUCUGGAGCAUCCUGAAGAAAUGCAUCGGACUGGAACUGUCAAAGAUCACGAUGCCCAUCGUCUUCAACGAGCCUCUAAGCUUCCUGCAGAGAAUCACAGAAUACAUGGAACACACUUACCUCAUCAACAAAGCCUGCUCGCUGCCCGACUCCAUAGAACGCAUGCAGGCAGUAGCUGCUUUUGCUGUGUCAGCAGUUGCUUCUCAAUGGGACAGAACUGGAAAACCCUUCAACCCUCUGCUGGGAGAGACCUAUGAACUCACCAGAGAGGAGCUGGGUUUCCGGCUGGUUUCAGAACAGGUAUCACAUCAUCCCCCGGUCAGUGCCUUCCAUGCAGAGAGCCUGGUCGGGGACUUUGUCUUCCACGGCUCCAUCUACCCCAAACUCAAGUUCUGGGGCAAAAGCGUUGAGGCUGAGCCUAAAGGGACCAUCACACUAGAGCUACUCAAGCACAAUGAGGCGUACACAUGGAGUAACCCUUACUGCUGUGUACACAACAUCAUCCUGGGCAAACUAUGGAUAGAGCAGUAUGGCACAGUGGAAAUAGUCAACCACAGCACUGGAGACAAGUGUGUGUUGAAUUUCAAGCCCUGUGGGAUGUUUGGCAAAGAGCUGCACAAAGUGGAGGGAUACAUCCAGGAUAAGAGUAAAAAGAAGCACUGCGUUAUCUAUGGGAAGUGGACCGAGUGCAUGUGGAGUGUGGACCCUCAGGCGUACGAGGCGCACAAGAAGUCAGAGAGGAAAGGAGACAACAAGAAGCACAAAAAUGAUGAGCUGGAUGGAGCAGACAACGAUGAUGCAGACGACAUGCCCGAAGUCCAGGAGACGGUUUCUGUCGUACCAGGAAGCACUCUGCUGUGGAGGAUAGACUCCAGACCAGCACACUCUGCCUCGAUGUACAAUUUUACCAACUUUGCAAUGUCUCUCAAUGAGCUGGAGCCUGGCAUGGAAGCCAUCUUGGCCCCCACAGACUGUCGCUUCAGGCCUGAUAUCAGAGCCAUGGAGAAUGGCAACAUGGACGAGGCCAGUAAGGAGAAGGAGAGAUUGGAGGAGAAACAGAGAGCUUCUAGAAAGGAGAGAGCCAAGUACGAGGAGGAGUGGUCUACAAGGUGGUUCCAGAUGGGCACCAACCCGUACACCGGCGCCCAGGGCUGGCUCUACACCGGUGGCUACUUCAAUAGGAACUACCAAGACCUGCCCAAUAUCUACUGAUCUACCUGCUAGCCUUCAUCCUCAUCCUCCUCUUCUUUAACCUGCAAUGAUCUGCCUGUCAUGAAAUGGAGAAAAAUGUUAAGAAUCCACAUACCUGUCUUUAUCUCACUGCCUCCAUCAUCGGACACAGCCAGCAUAAAUUGGAAAGACUUAUAAAGAAGCCAAAUGCCUGUCACUUCCCUCAAACAGCGGCCUGCUUGAUGUCUGCUGAGUCUUCAGGUCUUUUUUUUUCUUCAUGUAAAAGAUUUUACAUCGUCUUCACUUCCGUCGUAUUCUUAUCAUCUUGUGUGAUUUCGUCACGUUAGGACCAGCAAGCAUUUCUCAUCUCUCUGCCCCGGCAUCGUUUAGAGCACAAGGUUAUAUUCCCAACCAGUCGCAGCGGCAGAGAGUUGGUACGUGUGAAACAACGGUUAACGGCCCACAAACUCACAGAUACAAUUUUGAAUGUUUAACGCCUUUACAAUCAAACUCUCACCUGCCAAACCUCCAGACGGCGUCACGUGUCAUUAAUGAGCAAAUCUGAGUAACAACAUGAAGUAAGACAUAAUCACAGCGAUGGAUUUACGGGCCGAUACCUAGUCAACGGGGAAAUCAGGGAUGUGAAUGCUCCUUUGACUGAAGACGGAUCUCGAGGAUGCCUUUUUUUGUUUUUGGAAACCACUCAGAAAAUAAAUAUAGGUGACAUUGUACUCUUUAAGGAGCGACAUUAUAAGCAAAUACUGUUGGUUUGAUUGGUCAAGAUAAAUCGAAUGCAAACAUGAGCUCAUUACUGUCCAUGUGUCAUAACCAUAAAACAUUUAGUAUGGACUGUUAGUCGCCCAUUACCGUUCCACUUAAGGUUUAUGCAUCGAAAUAAAUCAAGACAACUACUAGAAAACGGUUCCUCGACAGCGGAGUGGAAUGUGCAGCUCGAGCGGGACGAGACCUGGGAUCAGUACAGAAACCACACGCAACCUGAUGUUCUCCUGCAUGGGAACAGAUGAAUGAAUAGAGCGCGGGUUCGGUGGCACGCCUGAGCUGUUUGCACCCUCAAAAUGUAACUCUGUUGUCUUAACACUUGGCCUGUACUUCUGUAAGAAUAGUUGUUGGUUUUACUUGCAGACAGUUGAAAUGUAAAGUAUGAUUAACAGUCCACUGUGCUCGCUCAUUACGUGAAUUCACUCUGUGUGGGUUGAUAAAAUACGACAGAGCAGCUGGAGUUCAGAGCCAGAGUUUAAGGAACACUGAACAGAAUGUUAAUCUUGGAUAGCUGGCUAACUGUGCUGGCUGCUAAGUCAUAGCUGAAGAUUACCGGCAUUCAAAACAGGCUUCACAGAAAAUCUUUCCUUCUACAUUUCUUUCAGAAUCUGAUGGUCAGUGCCUGCAUGUGCAUGUAAAUCUAAACCUGGAAGAGAAAUUCACUCCCUCAGAGUUAAAUCUCACACUCUAUAAAAUGAUAUUGACAUUCUAAGUGGAUAUUUAAUUCCCAGAUUAGACAGUGACAGUAAUGAAAUCUAAUGUAAUACUGAGUAAAGGAACAAUAACAGUACAUGCACAUUCAUUGUGUGAGUGAGUAUAUGAAUAUGUACAGACACCUAAAGCCAUAUUAACUACAAGAGAGAGUGGAUUUGCUGUGUGAAUGACGGGAAUUUGACUAUGUCAGCCCUUAAAAUUUACAUUAUUAUUAACCUCACUGUCAUCAUAGCAUGAUUAAUAAAGAAAGCAUUAUUCAUGUCAGUGUAAUGUAAUGUAACAUGCACCGUUAGAUAUUCUGCUGUCACGCUGGAUUGGAUUCUAGAGAAUGGAUGGAUUACUGAACAGGCCCAAAGGGUCACCACCAAAAGAAAGAAGUACUGUCAAAAAGACAAAGAUGAAAAACCACAGACUGCAGACACACAAUGACUAUAGAUACGUAAAACGACUACAAAGAGACUCAUAACAACAACAGAGAUGUAAAAUCAACAGUUCUUUUGUGUCUCUUGCUGUUUUGGUGUCUUGCUCCUAUAUCAGAGGGACGAGGGGCCUUAACAUAUCUGCCCAGGGGCCUGUUCUGCCAUCCGGUGAUUUUUUUGUCUUCUGAUAUUGAUUGUCGUUAAAAAAAAGAGGCUUGCAACGUCAAGAGUUUAAUUCUCAAAAUUGAAAAAAACAAACUAGUUUAAUGAAUGUUGGCACACACAAAAACAGUAGAGAGAGAGAGAUGGCACUCCUGAGAAAGACUGUCGAGUCCAACACAGCAAGAUGGCUAUCAAGUAUUUGAGAGCUUAAUGUACAGAAACUCUUGACUCGAGACAUCCUGUGCACGGUGCGUCUUUCUUCUGCACGUUUUGAAUCACGUUAAGCCUAGCGACUCGACUCAGACACGAGAUACCACAUCAUGUUGCACAGAGCAAAUAUUUUGGACUUCAGCUGCUCUGAAGCUUUUUUGUAAUGUUACAGAUUCCUAUUGAUAUUUCGAUAGCUCACUCAGUAUUUUGCCUUCCAUUCCAGCUGAGCAGAACUCACAUUUCCAUUCAGACUGGGCGCUGAAAUCCAAAUGCAGAUGUAGGAUCUGAAUUCUGUUAAUAGGACAUCAGGAAAAAUAUCAGAUGGGAAUGGAUUGGGCAGAUUUUACUUUCAGUUUAUAUAUUUUUAAUAUGUAUGCUGAAAUUAUAUUACAGAUUAAAAAAACAUGUUUAUCAGAGCUCCAUUCUCCUGAGCUUCAGAUAAAAUUAACAUUAAAUACAACUUAAAUAGCCUUUAUCUUGUUGUUUUGAUCUUGUUGAAGAACAGUCAAAGGUUGUGUUUUAGAUUUGAGUUGUAUAAUGAGGUUACAACCCUCAGCUCUCCAGGUUAUCACCACACCAUAAUACUCUCCACAUUACCUGCCGACCUGUUUGCACUGGUGAGAAAGAGUGUAUAAGAUAGAGUGAGAUAACCUUCUGUACGUGAUCUUCAGAAAUCUUUAUUUUGGAUAUGUUAUUCACCAGGUUGCAGAUGUAUAAAAGUCAUGUUUUCAUCAGUGCAUUCAGGAGCUAUGACGUAUUUCACGAUACCAACUCUAUGCAACUCCUCAACAUAAACAGUACACGUCUGGUCUGUUAUUGUACAGUAGCUUUACAUUCCCCUCAACCCCAGCAGCACACAUCUUCAGCUUGGACGGGCUGAUGUGUCUCAAAAUGAAGACUUCUUAGUUUAAUAUAUAAUAAUUGGAAAUGAAUAGAACUUGUUGAACUACUUGGCACUACAACCAGCCUCGUACCGCAUCUUGGACCAAUUUAACUUUUCUGUUUUUAAAAUGUAUUUCCAUGUCUUGCUUAGUUCCUGGAUUUGUUUACCUUUUUUCCCAUUACCAUUUUUUUUUUAACUUAUGUGUAUUAUUUAUGAUGUUUGAUGUUUUAUGAAAAGGAUUCUGUUGUCAGUUGUUUUUUUCUGCUUAUGUAGCUAAUCCAAAACAGCUCUUAAUUUCUCUUUCUUCACUUGAACACAAAUCUGAGCUGUUUUAUAGAGGAGCAGAGUGUCUAAAUCGGGCUUGAAGUGAACAUCAUUCACUAGUUUAACAUUUUGCUGUGACCGUUAAUCUGUCAGAUGUAGGUAGACAGUCACUCUUUCCUGUUCGAAUGUCUUUUGGCUGCUAAAAUUCACAUGGAAUAACCCAAACACGGUUAUUUUCAUGCCUAGAAGAUCACUUUUUUUUUUUCAACUUGUCAUUAAAAAGUCAUUAAAACUCACAGAAACACUACUUGAGUCACAGAAAAUGUGAACUGAGCACUGGUCAAAUGCUGCAGUAGUAAAUGAGUCCAAACAGGAACACCAGCCUCUGUUCAUAAGUAGCUUUUGACUCUAAUGUAAAAAGAGUGGGUAAAAUAGUCCCAGCAGCCAGUAAACAUAUGGAACGGUCACAUUCAUGAGUGCUGAUUCGGGCUCUACCAGUCACAAGACUAAUGCUCUGUCACUGAACUAGAUCUAGGUUGUUAUUUUGCUUUGAGUGUUGGUUCUUUCUAUAAAAAUGUGUCCUUCUCUUGGACUGUAUCACGGGGUUGUCUAUGUUAUAUAUGUGUACAAGUGCUGCACAGAGGUAAUCACAAGCAAAAUGGCAUAUUAUUUUGUGCAAUUGAUUUAUUUUUAUAGUAUUUAAACUGUUUUUGGUGAGAACAUUGUACCAGAUGUUUUAUUUUGAGGUGGGGGAUUGUAAGGGGUCGUAUCCAAUCUGUGGACAGCUUGGUAGAUUAAUGAACGGGGGAAAAUGUCUACUAAUAAAAUCCUAAUUUCA